ACAACAGACCACUACAGAACUACAACAGACCACUACAGAACUACAACAGACCACUACAGAACUACAACAGACCACUACAGAACUACAACAGACCAUUGUGUAAUGAAACAAAGAACACAACAGAACAAAACACACCCACUAGAACCAAAACCAGACCACUCCAGACCACUCAAACCCACACACAGACCACCAGAGAACAAAAUAGGACCACAGGAACCAAAAGCAGACCACUGGAGAAACAAAUGCACACCACGGCAGAAUCCAAGCAGACCACAGCUGAACCAAAAGCAGAUCAACGUGACUCACAAUGUUGUCCAGGGAGGGUGGAAGCCGCUA